AAAUUCUUCAAAAGAAUCAAAAACCCCUUUUUGAAAAUCUUCACUUACCUUAAGUCUUAACUCAAAAACAUGCCAAAUUUAACGAGGAAUCCUUCGGAGAGCUAUAUAACACGUGCUCCACGCUCUAAGAUUGACUUAUAACACGUGCUCCAAAUUCUACAUUAUGGCAAUAGUCUAACAACUUGCCAAAUCUUUCAAACUUAAAAAAAAAGUUUCAAACCCUUUAUUCUUCUAAUUCCCCUAGCACUUCUUUCUUCAAAAUCAACAUUUCGUAUAUAUAAAUAUAGAUGGUCUCAGACUUGAGAAACAUCGAAGAACCAAAGAAAGUUCACAACUCAGAAAUUUAGAGUUCUUUGAGAGCUAGAAAGAGAUGGCUGAAGAAACCAAUACAAUGCCGGUUAUCAGUAAGCUGUACUGUUCUUCUCAGGCAGGGUUUGUGGUUAGGAGGAGGCCAAAUAUAGAGAAUGGAGGCGGUUUCGUGGUCACGGAUUGUAGCCAGAAGUUUGUUUUCAGGGUUGAUGGCUGUGGGGUUCUUGGUACUAAAGGGGAGCUGGUUUUGAGGGAUGGAAAUGGGGAUGCUUCGCUUCUCAUACGUCGAAAGGGAGGGAUGGUUGAGGCCUUAAACAUACAUAAAAAAUGGAAAGGUUACACUUUUGACUACGAAGGAUCACAAAAGUUGGUUUUUACCUUGAAGGAGACCUGUUCAUGUUUAGCAAAGAACAAUGCCAUCAGAAACUCGAUUGAGCCCAAAGGAAGCAGCAAGGAUUGGGACUCUGAGAUUAAAGGUUAUUUCCCUGACAGAAAUUGCAGCAUCAUUGAUUCCAUAGACAAUAUUGUGGCUCAGGUACACGAGUUGAUGGCAAGUAAAGAUCUGUAUCAUGUAGCGGUAAAACCUGGAAUCGAUCAAGCUUUUGUUUUUGGAGUCAUUGCUGUUCUUGAUUGCAUUUAUGGUGAAUCUACCGGGUGCUGAAUGAUAUGAGGAAGCCUAAGCAGAAUUUUCUUUUUGUAACCAACAAAGAAAAACUCAAUGUGCAUGGAUAAGCUAGCUGUGCUGCUAGUAAUUUUGUUUUAAUUUUUGUUGUCUUGAGUCAGACUUGCAUAAGUAGAUAGGGAAUCAAUUUAGCAGCAAAUUUCAAUUAUUAUUUCAUGAUAAGAAGCUUAAUUUAAGCGAUUAUGAUUGCUGACACAGGUACUUGGUUCAAUUAACUAUGUAAUAAAAUGGCUAAAAAGGAAGUCGAUUAACUUAAUUUUGCCUUGAUAGUUGAGACAUUACAGGAUUAAGUUGCUUCACAUUUUAGUUAAUUAGAGAAGAGUGAUCAAGAGAGGAAAAAGGCAAUCUCGAGGACAAUCUAACAUCUCGUCAAAACAGAGGUUUCCAUGGCUGGGAAACA